AUGCAUGAACAUUGUGACCAUUUCAUUCACUACGCCUCAUUAAUGCUUCAGAAUCAAUACGUUCAGACCAGUUCUCUUGUUUUACGCACCAAAAACUUUUUAGACUACUUAUUAGGCGUCGAAACGCUAAAGAAAUCUUGUAAUGUGUGUACUGUUGUUGGCAGACAAAUAGUAACUUUCGCAUCAGCCAACGGUCCGGAGUAUCAGAAUCUAAGCCUCCUCCAUACCUCGACGUAUCAAGGGCUUUACAGAAAAGUCGUGUUGACAGCAAUAGACACUUUAGCCUCGCAUAAGUUUAGUGCAUCAAUGAAAGUCGGAUUUGAUCUCAUCAGUUAUCUCGCUCUCCAGAGACAGGACAUCGGGAUAUACAUAGUCAUGCUUAUCAGAGUCCUGGCACUUUUUGGAUUUUUCGCCCUACCAUUCCUUUUCUCUCAAAUUGUUACAUAUUUCCUCAUCCCCAAAGAUUUCGUGGAAAAUAAUUCCGCGGAAUUCGAACAUAUAACCGUAGUAAAUGGCUCAACUUCUCAACAAUCAGCAAGCAACCUAGAUUUUGCGAGGGAAUAA